GUUCUUGAUUCCAUCAGUGUCGAUUCCGCCGCCGUCGACGAUUCUUUGCCGAAGUUCUCCAAUACCGAUGUUUCAUCAUCUUUUUCAAAUUAUAUCAAGCUCUUCUUCAAUUUGCAGGAUACAAUGAGCGAAAACGUUAGCAUAUAUUUUAAAUGUGAAGAUUAUAUGUAUAGUAUUAUGUUCCACACACAAGUGAGAGAUAUAACGUUGUUGAUGUUAAAAGCAAGGAUAAACAAGAAACUUGGAUAUGUUGAGAGCCGCGUUAGAAUGGAUUUGAGCUACUAUCCGCUAGUGGUAGGUGUAGCGGAAAAGUGUGAACUUAUUGAUGAUGAGGAUGUGAAUGUGUUUCUAUUGUCCGUUGAUCAUGAGAAGCGAAAAUGUAUAUUGUAUGUGGAUGUCACCAUUGUCUCGGAACAGCAUGAGCAAGUGCUUAAUGAUGAUGAUAAGGCUGUUAGAGUGGACCAAAGUUCUGUUAACCAACAAUGAAAAGAUUCUAAUUUUUUUUUAUUCAUGUUUGCUCUUUUGGUGUGUACUACUAUUAUCUUGGUUAUGUCACAACUAUUGUAAAACUUAUUUUAAAUUCUAGUAAUGUUUGAUUUUCUUUAAAUU